UUCUUCCAGCCAGACAGACAAGCAAGCAAGCAAGCAAGCAAGCAAUCAAGCAAGCAAAUCUUCCGCUUAAACCAUAGUUAGAAGAAAGAAAGAAUAGAUCUUUCCCUCUUUACUUGGAAUAAUGCAAAUAUCUCACCAUCUCACAUAUCCUCCACACCCACAGGCUGAUUCAGAAUUGGGGAACAUUACUAACCAAACCACCUCUGAUUCUCAACUCAUUUUGAGACGGCCAGAACUCUCGCUUAACGUCCCACACAGGAUGAUCCGAGUGUUUGGAACUAGUCUUAGCUCAAAGGAUUUGCUUCACCCACGGGAUGCUGCAUUCAAUGUUACAAAUUCUUCUUCAAGACCCGGAUUCCUUCGCGCUUUGAGCUUCAAGAACAAGUCUACUACUACUACACUACCUGAUGCUGCUGAGACAAACUCUCUGCUCAACUCAGAGACUAAGGCAGCGAUCCCAGGAAGUCCUGUUAUGGCAAAUCUUAUCUCAGUUUGGAACAGGUGCACCUCCCUUCCUGUCACUACAGCUUCAAAUCUCUCACCUUCUACUUCUGGACCACUUCCAGCUACACCAAUCGACCACCUUCAUCUCAGAUCACAGAAUACAUCAGCUGAAGCUUCACUUACGAGGUCUCUCUCAGUUCCUGGCAGGAAUAUGGUCAUAGUUAGAUCACUAUCUUUUGCUACGAAGGAGGUUCACAAAGAUAACAAUGAUGAUCAAAUUAGCACAGUUCAAGCGGAAGUAGAACAAGAAGAAGAAGAAGAGAUUCCAGAAGAGGAGGCAGUAUGCAGAAUAUGUUUCGAUGCUUGUGAAGAAGGAAAUACAUUAAAGAUGGGAUGCAGUUGUAAAGGUGCUCUUAGACUUGUACAUGAAGAAUGUGCUGUUAAGUGGUUUAGCAUGAAAGGUAAUAAGAACUGCGAUGUUUGUGGCGUUGAGGUUUCCAACUUACCUGUGACUUUGCUGCGAGUACCUUCUGCACAUAGAAAUAAUAGGCGGGAGCAGCCUGUUCAGCAAAAUGUGAAUACAAGAACAAUUAGUGCCUGGCAGGAUUUUGUUGUACUCGUCAUAAUCAGCACAAUAUGUUAUUUCUUCUUCCUCGAGCAGCUACUGAUCAGUGAAUUGAAAAGGAAAGCGGUCAUAGUUUCGGCACCAUUUGCUCUUACAUUGGGCCUUUUGGCAUCUAUUUUUGCGGGCACUCUAGCAAUCAGGGAGUAUAUAUGGACAUAUGCAGCUCUGGAGUUUGCACUUGUGGCUCUAAUUCUCAACAUAUUCUAUUCUGUUCUUGAAGUAAAUGCGGUUUAUGCGAUAAUGCUUUCAGCCGCGUUGGGUUUUGGGAUGGCAAUGAGCCUUAACACUCUUUUCAUUCAAUAUUAUGGCUGGCGAGUUCAAGUCGCACAAAGCUCAAACUCCGCUCCUGUGUAAGAGAACUGGUUCUUCAGUUUGUAUAAUAGUUGGUUUGGUUCAUUAAUUCAUAUUGUAAAAUAAUAAUAAUAAUAAUCAUCAUAGUAUAUAGUAAAGCUUGUAAGCCUUUUUUUCUUUCUGGGCCUCUGGCUAAAGAUACAAGGAAACUUGAAGAGAUGAUUUUGUAUAUGGUUAUAUUUAGUUGAUCUCUAAAAUAG